UUGUACUGUGCUGCCUUUAGGUGCAAAACCAGGGAUAACUUGAUAGCCAUACUUUAAGAAUUACUCUUACUCUCUCCACCAUCCCGACCCUCGUUCGACCUCGGAGGUAUGUCUAGAUCACUACUCCGUCCUCCCGAAAAGCUUGUUUUUCCUCUGCCUAGUUUGGGCAUACUUCCGGAACACCUUCCACUUCUGCAUGUCAUUCAGGUGCAGAGGUCACUAACCCUCAGGCCCUAACUCUCUACCCAUCACCCUCCCCAUUACACCGACUUCAUCGCUCGCCCAGUUCAGUUUACUCUAAUCAUUUUCUUACCUCCUUCUCUAGUGACCUUAACCCUACUUCGUUUGCUUCCCCUGUCCCACAUCUUAUCCACUUUUUUCCUUUCCCUAGGUUUCCCUCUGAAACUGCACCCGGAUCUUCUUCAGUGUCCUUUCCGCCCCUCCUCACCCCCAACCGCCACAUUUCACCCCUUCCUCUGGCACACAAGAAUUCUCUUUCUCACUCUUUCCUCUCGAUCUCACCCCCAGUCACUCACAGCCCCCACUCUUUAUUUUGUCGCCCCCUCCCCCCAAAAUGAGAGCCAGUGGGCUGGGCUCACUUCUGCCAUCGAGCUGCCCUGGACCAGCCCCCUGCUGGGCGGGAGAGAGGGUUGAAAGGGAGGAGGGACGGGGCCUCCCGGGACUCCCCCGGGACUCCUAAGCCAGCCCCGCUCUUCUUCGGCCAGGAAGGCAGCUGCGCGGCGGCCGCAGCGGUGGACACAGAACUAGGGGAAGGAAGGAGCCGCAGAUAGCGCGAGGCAGCAGCCACUGCCUGGUGCCCACGGGCAGCUUCAUUUCGCCCCCUGCAGCCCAGGAAAGUGAGCCCCCGCUCUGUGCCUGGGACUGGACUUUAUUGAUGGUUGUUUAGAAUUUAUUUUAAUUAUUAUUUUUUGUCUCCUUGAAGGGGUGUGUGGGUGGGGGCCGGGGGGGGCUCAGAAUUAUUUUUCUCUCCUCCCUAUAUAUAGCCCUCCCCAAGCUUUCCCACCCACCCUUCAGUUCGGUGUUUGGAGUUUAAAAAAAAAAAAAGAAGGGGGGGGAGGAAAGCGCAGUGGCAUGUCCCUGUCCUCUUCAGUCCUGCCCCCCGAAGUGGAGAUGUGCAAGAGACAAGCGAGAGAGAGGAGCUCGUGAGACGCAGAGCCGGAACCAUGUACCUGCGGCCCCUGCCCCUUGUCGUGGUCCCAGGCUUUCUUCAGCUGCUAUUUUGUGACAGUAAAAAAAUAGCACAUGCCUCAGAGGGGCUGGAUUGGGAAGACAAAGAUGCCGCAGACACACUGGUCGAUAACGAGGUCCACUCAAGGAUCAUCAAUCCUUUACGCCUGUUUGUUAAACAGUCUCCUGUGUCAAAGUCUGGUCAGAUGUCAUAUGCGGACAGCAUAGAAAACUUUUGGGAUUGGUUGUCCAACAUCACGGAAGUGCAGGAGCCAUUGGCAAGAACUAAGCGUAGGCCAAUAGUAAAAACAGGGAAGUUUAAGAAAAUGUUUGGAUGGGGCGACUUCCAUUCCAACAUCAAGACUGUGAAACUCAACCUUCUCAUCACGGGGAAAAUUGUUGACCAUGGCAAUGGCACCUUUAGUGUUUAUUUCCGACAUAACUCCACAGGUCUGGGUAAUGUCUCAGUGAGCCUGGUACCCCCGUCCAAAGUGGUGGAAUUUGAAGUCUCCCCCCAGUCCACGCUAGAGACCAAGGAAUCCAAAUCUUUCAAUUGCCGCAUUGAAUAUGAAAAAACAGACCGGGCGAAGAAGACUGCACUGUGCAACUUCGACCCUUCGAAGAUCUGCUAUCAGGAACAGACUCAGAGUCAUGUCUCUUGGUUGUGCUCCAAACCCUUUAAGGUUAUUUGCAUUUACAUUGCCUUUUACAGUGUCGAUUACAAACUUGUGCAAAAGGUUUGUCCUGACUACAACUAUCAUAGUGAGACUCCGUAUUUAUCCUCUGGCUGAAUCUUUAUGAGAUGGCAGAACUGGGGGACAUUUGUGACUGGAAUAACAGAAUGGAGUUCAGCUCCUCACCAUAAAGAUUACUUUUGUUUGGGGCAGUGGACCUUGCUUCCUUAUCAGGUUUUAAAAUAAUUAAAAAAAAAAAAAAGUCUUCAAGUUUGUGGCCGUGUUUGUGCUGUGUCAUAAGUAACCUACAGAGUCAAACUGUUUAUGUACUAUCGUUUUCAUUUAAGAUGAUGGUCUGGAAAUGUUGUUGGGUGGUGGUUGUUGUUUUUAAGGAAGGUAUCAAGUGAUAGCAAUAUGAAAUAAGAAAGGACCCAAUUUUGCAUGUGAGAAACACUAUUUUUGAAAAUGAGUCAAAUUUGCAGAUGAGUAUUAGAAUUCUGCUUAGCAGAUACCAUGGAGCAGCUGAAAAAACUGCAUUGGACAAAGAGUUUUAGUUCUAACACUGACUUCUUUUUAUUUCACUAUUUUCUUGUUUUCACCCCUAUGUAAUCACUUUUAUGGGAAAUCAAAAAGAAAAACGUGUUUGAAAACUCACCUUUAAAGGAAGAGACUGUGUCACAGUGGAACUAAUGUACAUUAACAGAAAUAGAUAUGCUGUAUUGAAUUAACAUGGUUUGGUUUGUUAUUGAGGCCCUCGUGUUUAUAAUGUUUUCCAUCUAGUUAAAAUAGUAUGAUGGGAAAAGAGCGAGGUUUAGAGAUAAAAGACUAUGUUCAAAUCCUGGCUCUGUUAUUAUCUGAGUGAUGUGGGGCAAGUCACUUAAUUUUGGGGGUCUCAGUUUUCUCAUCUGAAAAAUGAGAUGACUCUUAGAUCCCUUCCAGGUUCUAUAAAGAAUUCUAUUUGUGUUUUGUAAUAGUAUUAGAUGAGAUAUCAUGGAAUCUGUAUUGACAGGAAGAAAGAUCCAUUUUUAAAUGUCAUCGUUACUCUACUGAGAUUACCAAAAUUUAAAAUAAAUAUAAAUAUCUGAGUAUGAUCCACCCAUAGCAAAUAGCUUCAUCUUGUUAAUUUGUACUCACAGGAUUUUACACACACACACACACACACACACACACACACAC